ACAAGAAUAAAAAAUGAUAUUGUAAUUUUUUGCGUAUUUUUCAUUUUAAUUCUGUUCAGAAUAUUAUUAUUUCUUUAAGAAUGAAUAGAAACAGGAAAAAAUUUACUAAAAACGCUCCUAAACAAGACUCUAAAAGUUCUGUUCCGACUUCGGAGUAUAAUGCUUCUAAUUCUCAAGUUAUUCGAUGGUUUCAACAGUACUCUCAGGAAUUGGAUGGAAAACACGACAGAUACGAAAGAGUUUUUAAAAUCAGCAGAGAUAUUACGAUUGAAAGCAAAAGACUGAUUUUUUUUCUGCAUACGUUUCAAGAACAGAGUACCGAUGGUGAGAAGAUACUGCAGGAAGCAGAACUGAGAUUCAUCAAUUUGGUCAAGAAUAAUUUCUCUGACAUUAUAAAAGAACUGAACAAUCUCGAUAUAUAUCAGUACCUCAGAGCAUACACUUUUGGUGUUCAAGAAUUCGUUGAAGCAUUUUCCUUCUACCACUACCUGAAGCGCGGACAACUUGUAACUUUUAAAGAAGUCGUCGAGUUUAUAGUUCGCCAUUUCAAUGUCGAUUCUUCUGAGUCCGGCCAAAACACGAAACAAGAUAGUUCCAAAGACUCCGAAAGUCAGUGUUUGGAAAAAAUGAUAACAGAUGAAGAAAAUCUGACUGGUGACGCGAAGAUGGAAAUUAGCGAUCAAGAGUGCAGUAAAACUGAUACUUAUAACCGUAAAAUCAUCACGAUGGUCGAUUACGUGUUGGGCUUGAACGAUUUAAGCGGAGAAUUGAUGCGUUAUUGUAUUAAUAAAAUCUCCAGCGGAUGUGUAGAAGCAGCUUUUGAUAUUUGUCAGUUUCUAAGUCACUUGUACGUUGGAAUGCUGAGUGUUGGAUUCGUUAGUCGUGAAUAUAACAGAAAAAUGAUAACUGUUAAACAAUGCUUGAAUAAAGUAGAAUUUGCUUGUUAUACCGUUCGUGUGAGAGGUUCGGAGAUUCCUAAGCACAUGAUUGCCAGUGUUCUGGAAAAUGUUAAAGAUGAAACAGAAGAUGAUACUCAUUUUUAAUUAAGAUAUCGCGUUGAACGAAGUUAAUGUUGUUAUUAUUUUAUUUGUACGGUUUUUCAAUAAAGUUUGAUUUCAUUUAAAUAA